UUCUUAUUGAACUCUUUUUGGGUUAUCACGGAGUUUGGAUCGGAAACAAAAACCUCCGGAUUCUUUACUCAGCGCGUUGCGUGAUGGCCAAGGAAUUCUCCGUCCCGCCGGUGGUCUUUCCCUCCGCCGGAACAACCGGCGUUCCCCAUCAGCGCCGCGCGCCAGGGGCAGCGGCAUCGCCCUUCCACCCCCCGCGCCCCUCCAACGCUGGCCCCGCCAACCCUAGCAUCCCCUUCAUGUCAUUCGACAUCGGAUCCGCCCCUCCCGCCUCCUCCUUCUCUGCCCCAGUAUUCGCCCCCUCCGGUGGCGCGCUCUCAGUAUCCGGCUCCUUCGACGACGAACUGCCCCUCCUCGAGGAGCUCGGUAUCAACACCCGCCAGAUCUGGCGCAAGACUCUCUCGAUCUUGAACCCCUUCCGGUUGAACGCUAGUCUUCACGAGGACGCCGACCUCUCUGGUCCCUUUCUGUUCGUCAUGGCCUUCGGCCUCUUCCAGCUUCUGGCCGGCAAGUUCCAUUUCGGAAUCAUCUUAGGGUGGGUCACGGGCGCCGCUCUCUUUCUCUACGUGGUCUUCAAUAUGCUCGCGGGACACAAUGGAAAUUUGGAUCUGUAUCGGUGCUUGAGCCUGAUUGGGUACUCCAUGCUGCCGAUGGUGAUUUUAUCAGCAUUGUCACUUUUUGUGCCCCAUGGCGGCAUUGUGAUCUUCUCGAUUGCUGCGGUUUUCGUGCUAUGGUCUACGAGAAUCUGCACGGCACUUCUGGUGGAGUUGGCGGCCUGCGGGAAUGAGAACCGUAGUCUCAUAGCCUACGCUUGCUGGCUCGUCUACAUGCUUUUCGCGCUGCUCAUUAUUUUUUGAUUCUUGGUGAGAAUUUUACAGCUUUGCUGUUGCCUACUUGCCCUACAUUUUUUUUUACUUUAAAUUCUGAAUCUACAUGGUCAUAUUUUAUUGUAAAAAUAUCUGUUUUAGCUAGGAAUGUUCUCGGUGAUUCAUAUUUUUAUCAUAACUAUUGAGUAAUUUCUAUGCUUGUAAUUGGAUUGAUGAUGUAAUAAAAAAUUAGAAACACCAUUUGUAAUUUCUUUAUGUGAUUAUUGGAUAGUAUUUGCUUGUAUUUCUCAAAUUGUAAUAAGAAUUUAAUUUCCUUUUACAUA